AUGGAAGGCCCCUUGAGGGAGGUUUACAAGGAUGUUUUUAAAAAUUACAAAGUUACCCUGUACGCAGUGGUGAAGGAGGACGUCAGGAGUGAAGUGAAGAACCUCCAGCCUUAUUUCAAAGGAGAGAUCUUCCUGGAUGAAAAGAAAAGGUUCUAUGGUCCACAAAAGCGGAAGAUGCUGUUUAUGGGAUUUGUCCGUCUGGGAGUGUGGUACAGCUUUUUCCGGGCUUGGAAUGGUGGCUUCUCUGGAAAUCUGGAAGGCGAAGGCGUCAUACUUGGGGGAGUCUUUGUGAUGGGAUCAGGAAAACAGGGCGUUCUUCUUGAGCACCGGGAAAAAGAAUUCGGAGACAAAGUAAACCUACCUUCUGUGCUGGACGCUGCCAAGAAGAUCACAUCCCAGACCUCGGCCUCUGAGAAAAAAUGAUUCCGAGACACCAGCCAGCUCAGGACGCCUCUGGGCACUUGUGCUCCCGGGCUGGGCUGUGUUUCCACACGUGCCCCUCAGUAGUCGGAAACCCACUGACACCGCACUCUCAGUAUGGUUAUUAACGUAUUUUAAUAUUACUGUAUCCUGUUGAGACCCAGUAAGGCGAAAUAGCCCCUAAAGAAGACUGACAGAGACCUAAGGAAUUAGUGAGGGUUCUUUAAGCUGAAACUUAGAAAGUACGAGGCUAGCUGUUGAUUGCUGUACCCCAUCACGAAAGGAUGUGACAUUUGAAUGCUGUUAUUUGGAAAGAUUUUUCAUUUUCAUGUCGUCAAAAAUCUAAGAGAAGUUGAUGAUUGGCUUGAAGAUUAGAGAACAUUAGGUUCCAGGCUUGUGCAUUUUCUAUUAAUGAUUUGUGGUAUGAUAACAAAGUGAUACUCUUAUAAAAGAAUUGCUGUGUGGUGGGAUAGUUUGGUAAGGGUAAAUUACAAAGUGGAAUCUCUGCUUUCCUCAUCUUCCAUUCUAACCUCAGAGAUUUGUUCUAGACAAAAAGGAUCAUCUCUGGCUCUAAUAAAAUUAUGUAUCAGA